UAGCUUGCUUGUUGGAAGAGGUUACAUUGUCAGGACUUUAGUCUGUAAAGAUACAGCUGAAGGGGAUGUGAUCAAGGCUGCAGAGUGAUUAUUGGUGCUGGGAAGUAAAUAGUCCACGUGUCCUGUGUCACUGGAGCACAGGGGCAUGGAAUGAAAUUACCAGGCACCAGAUUUAAAACCAGCGAAAAGGAAAUGCAUUUCCCAGACGGCACACCGUGGAGCUGUGGAGCUAGUGUUGCAGGAUGCUGGGGACACCAGCGGUGUGGAUGGAUUCGGAAGGGGCCACCAAGGGCUGUUAAAUGUAGGGCUGAUGAUGGAGCCUGUGCUGCAGGCAGUCCCUGGAAGGGUGCUGGGGGACUAUUGCUUUCUGCUUGCUGGGGUGUCACUCUGCGGUUCAGCAUCUGCUACGAGCUGCUCUUGGCACUGUCUGGGUAAUCGCCUUGUGCUUCUGCAGACUAAGAAAGCAAUAGUCGUGUUUUCUGUCUUUCCUGCUUCCACAGUAAAGUGCAAUAAAACCAUGAAUCUUCUACAGUGGCGGAUCCAGCACUGCAAGAAUUUGCCUGAGGAGAACAGCUGACCUUCUUGGACCAGCUUCUCCUAGUCUCAGAGCUGUGAGUUGGGCAGGCCGAGGCAAAGCAAAGGAUAUGAUGUUCAGCCUGAAUGGUGCCAGAAGUGAGGGAUAUGUCCAAGAGUUGUUCCAUGAGGAAGCACAGCAGGUAUGUCAAACACAGACCAAGCCCUGGUGGAAGAUCCAGCUCUUUAUGUGGGAGCCAGUGCUUUUUGGAACAUGGGAUGGUGUCUUCACCUCCUGCAUGAUCAACAUUUUUGGAGUGGUUCUUUUCCUGAGGACAGGAUGGCUUGUGGGAAACACUGGCAUUGUAAUGGGCAUGUUUCUGGUGUCCUUUGUCAUCCUGGUUGCCCUGGUGACGGUCUUAUCUGGAAUUGGGGUGUGUGAGAAGUGCAGCAUUGGAAGUGGAGGGGUCUACUCCAUGAUUUCUACUGUCCUUGGAGGUCAAGUAGGGGGCACCAUUGGCCUCCUUUAUAUUUUCGGACAGUGUGUUGCAGGUGCCAUGUACAUCACUGGCUUCGCAGAGUCCAUAGCAGAUGUCCUGAGCCUCAGCAACAUCUGGGCAGUGCGCGGGAUCUCCCUGGCUGUCCUGCUGGGCCUGCUGGGCAUCAACCUGGCUGGGGUGAAGUGGAUCAUCAGGCUUCAGCUCCUGCUGCUCUUCCUACUGGCUGUCUCAACACUGGACUUUGUCAUCGGGUCCUUUACACACCUUGAUCUUGAACAUGGCUUCGUUGGCUACUCUGAAGAGCUUAUGUUCAACAACACGCUGCCAGACUACAGCCAGGGAGAGUCCUUCUUCACAGUUUUUGGAGUGUUUUUCCCAGCUGCCACAGGUGUGAUGGCUGGGUUCAAUAUGAGUGGAGAUCUCCAGAAGCCUGCUACCAACAUCCCCCUGGGGUCUCUGGCUGCCAUUGGCACCUCGUGGUUUCUGUACAUGGUCUUUGUUUUUCUGCUGGGAGCCAUUUGUACCCGUCAGUCUCUCCGCUAUGACUUCAUGAUAGCAGAGAAGGUAUCCUUGGUGGGUUUCUUGUUUCUGCUAGGGCUGUACAUCUCAUCCCUGGCCUCCUGCAUGGGAGGGCUAUAUGGAGCACCCAGAAUCCUGCAGUGCAUUGCCCAGGAGAAUGUGAUACCCAGGCUUGCUUUCCUUGGACAUGGGAAAGGACCCAACAAGACUCCAGUGGCUGCAAUUUGCUUGACGAGUCUCAUCACCAUGGCUUUUGUCUUCAUUGGGCAAGUGAACGUUCUUGCUCCCAUAGUCACCAUCAACUUCAUGUUGACAUAUAUUGCUGUAGACUAUUCCUAUUUCUCAGUCUCCUUGAGCUACGACAUUCAACAGAAACCUGACAAGACUCAAAUGGAAAAUGCUAGACCUGCUCACUCUUCCCAGCCUUUAAUUUUCAACAAGCCCUCCAGCCGUGCAGCAGAUGGAAUAAUUCAAAGCAGAUCAAAUGGCACCUUGCUGGAAUUCUCAAAAGACAUGGACCAGCUUUUUAAACCAUUUCGUAGUGAGCCAGGUGCUUGCAAAAAUGAAGAAGCCAAGAAUUUAACCCAGAAGGUCAAACAAAAGAAGACAAAGAAGCCAGCCAAGCAGACAUUACAAGACAGCUUUCUGCUGGAUCUCCAUCACGAUAUUCCCUCAGCUCGGUACGGCUGGGAUGAGACCACAGAGCCCCACAGUGACACCUGUGAGGACCUGGCUAAGCAGGACUGUUGGUGUGAUGCAGGUCCAUGCUCAUCAUCCCCUGUGGAUGCCCAGCGGAAAACCAGGCUGCUGGAGCAGGGAGAGCAGCUCUUCAGUGAAGUGCCAGCGCUCUCUGGCCAGAGAGGAGCAGAAUUGUCUAUAAAGCAACAAAAUCCAGAGCUGGGAAUUCAGCGGUUACCAGAAUCCUUGUACUCCAGAUUCUGCAAUCACUGGGUUUCCUUUGCUGGUGUGAUCGUGUGUCUCAUCAUAAUGUUUGUGAUUCAGUGGAUCUACACCCUUGUCAGCCUGGGUGCAGCAGUUAUUGUGUAUUUCUACAUUGGCCAAGUGAGCCCAGGACUCCCCCUUGGAGCAGCAGCGAAUUUCAGCUUCUUUGGCUGGAUUAAGUCAGUUUUGAUCACCUUGUGCAGGAGAAGGCCAUCUCCCAAGGAGCAGAUCGUGGUGACACCGUCCUUUGCAACAGUUGGCAUGGCGACCACACAGCUCACCGAGGAGAAUGCAGACUUCGCCUCACGGGACCGCUAUCACCAGUCCUCACUUAUCAGCAGAGAGGAGUUUGAGAAUCAUUUCCAUUAAAGGACACAGAGAAGAAAUCAAGCUGUCACUGUCACUUCAAAAAGCAUUUAGAAAUGCUGAUUGCUGCCACAGUGCCAUGUGAAAUACUCGAAUAUAUAUGAAAAGGAUGUGAAUAGUUAUUGAUAUAUUCAAGGCUUGUUUGUUUAUGCGUACUACAACCUCGCUGAGUUUCAAAUCUUAUCCAAAAUGGGGAAAAAAAUGCAAAUGAAAGAGCCAGUCCAGGGAAGUGAUGACUUACUGAGGACAAUAUAAUCCUGUUAAAGAAUUCAAUUAUAAGCGCUAUUGAGCUCUAAAGAUCAUUGCCGCUAUAAAAGCGUGCAACACCCCAUUUCAAAUGUCCUCUGGGUGACCAAGGACGCUUUAUGCCUGAGAGUGGUGACCUCACCAGCAGGAGCCAGUGCCCCAUACCCAGCUGUGUGCCAUGGAUGGAUGCAACCUUCCAGGUCAAUUCACUUCUCCUCUCGGCAUGAAUUUGCCUGCUUCUAAUACAGUCAUUUUCUACCUCAGCAUUUCAAUAACAAAGGUCUUAGAAACUACUUUAAGGCAUUAGACAAUAAGCCAGAAUCAGUGGCAAGUGAUUAUGAAAUACAUUCACAACUGGAAUUGCACAUUUAAAUGCAGCAAUGCAGUUUAAUGACCUCUACUGUAAAACUGUGAAAUGAUGUCUUAGCAGCUGUUCGUAGUGAUUUCCCACAUCAUUUCGGAUGUGAUACCUGGGACCUGACAACAUAGCUGGGUCCAAAUAGAGUACCUCCUGGCUGAAGGAAUAGAUGGCUCAGAAGUGCCUUAACAAAAUAUGUUUGCCUCAUCUUUGCUUAAAGCCUAUCCCGUAAUGAGCCCCUGCAAGGAGCCAUUCCUCCUGCUGAAGUGGUUUGGGAUUUGCAGAGAUUCACAUGGGGAUGCUGCAGGAUUUCCUGUGCAGACCUUAGAGUGUGUGAGCAGUUGCUGUGGGGCAAGGUCUAAAAAGAAUACCCCCAUCACUAUCGCUUCUGCUUCCCAGGGAAAACCCCCUCUGUUGAGAGCUGUCCUGCCUGCUGGCAGCAGUCUUGGCAGAGACUUACAGAGGUGAGAGAGAAGGGUCUGGGUUGAGGCAAGCCGCAGCACCACAGAUCAGUUCUGAUGCUACCAGGAGGGGGAAAUCGCUGCCUUUCCCUUCAUUUCAUCUCUAAUUGUUUCAGCCUUUAGAUUAUUUUGAUUAUUAGCUUAUUUAUUUCUCCUUCUGUGCAAUAAAAGCUUGAGACAGAAGGAACUUCUGUUUGUGCUUGCUGUGGUUGCACUUGAUGCCUUUGAACACCAUUCCACUUGCCAGCACUCGGUGCCCUGGUGUUACCAUCCAUGGGGGGGCCCUCUCCUUCCCAUCCCGUGGUCUGACCAGUUGCAGCUUUGGCUCUUCCAGUUUUCUUAUAGAGGGAGGCAAAGGAGACUUUCUGCUGGGAUGAAGAAGAGAGCAAUCCUGGUGUACUGCAGAAAGUGGACUAAUUUUUUUAAGGUUGCAGGUCUUUUACUGGGUGUUUCUAACCUUAAUUAUCUUGGUAGAGGCAAGAAGGAAGUUAUGCUGCGUGUCCAGCUGAACCAUUUCAAGUCAGUCAUUCUGUGUUGGAAACACUUCUUCCAGGGUUCUUUAUUUCUAUUGCCUUUUGCCUUUGGUUUCCAAAGAAUCUGGAUCUGUUGUGGGGAUGUGGCUUCAUGCUAAAGCUUCCCCUGGCUUCCCUGAGACCAGUGGCUCCAUCGUCCUCCCUGUGCUUGUAGCAUUCUCAACCUUGGCAGCUACUGCUGUUGUGCAAACUUCAAACAUGCCUUGGUGCUGAUCCACUGCUGGCAAGCUUCAUUGUGCUGUGUUAUCCCCUGUUACAGUGUGAUACACAACCAUAAUGCCAUUACUGUAAAAUCUGGUAUUUCAUAAAGUCCUGUCACAUUAAAAUAUUGUGGGGUGCCUUCCCUCCUAAGGCUGGGAUUGCCCAGCCCCACAUUUCUGUAUAGCUUGGACAAAAGAAAGCCCCAGAACAUGGUAUGGAGUGAUUAAUGGGCAGAAAUUCCUGGGUUAACUUCUUUGUUAGCUCCUAAAUAAUUUAGUUCCCUUCUUAAAGUAAGGCAGCAAACAAGAGAUGUAGAAGAGGAUGGGGAAGAUUCCCUUGGCCAUGUAGCUGCCGGAAGAGCUGUGCUGGUUGAAGCCAGAUGACUUUGGUGGUGGGGAGUGUGGGAGUGUUUGUCUCUCUGAUGUCAUGGUCCCUGAUCAUUCCCAAAACUGGGAUGUGAUGCGCCAGAAAUACAAGCAGCUUCUCUCCUGGUCUAGAAGUAUUGGGAAGGUGCCCCACAGCUUUGCUUUCCGUCAACUAAGUCUGCAGCAGCUGUCCCCUUCCCCUGCCACCAUGGUCCUGACUCCUUAGCUCCAGCAACCUUUUGCAUCUGAACAUCCUCUGGAACAAUUUUGGUUGUGACUGUUCACCUGCGCAAUCUCUGCUGGCUGCUGGAGGAAGGCACCAUGCUGUUCAGGGGCCCAGUGAGAGGCUGUCCAGGGGGUUCUGGGGUGCAGGAUGGUCCAUGCCUCCGUAUUUUUGGAAAAAGGCAGUCACAGGGCUGGCAGUGUGGCCUGGCAAUAGCUGCUAUGGGGACCUGGCAGCAGAGGAGAUGCUCUGCAGAGGUCAUAGUUCUGGGGAGUUCUGAUCUUUGUGCUUCGUGUGCUGCUGCUGGAGAAACUCUGCCACCUCCUCUACUGGCAUCACCAACACAGCAGGAACCAGCUCCCUUCACCACCUGGUAUGUAUGGGCACCUGGCCCUUUCCUCCCAUUCUGACGGGGAGGAAUGCAUUGCAUAGGGCUGGUUUCCUUCUGCUGUUACAGGUUAUGAGUAGAGCAGCUUUCCUCUUUAAUGCUUGGAAAGGGACAUGCUGAUCUUUCCUGAAGUGUUAGCUCUGGUGUAGUUAACGGCAAGAGGGGAGGGAAGCCUUGUUUUAGCACCAGUAAUCCCACAGACUGGGUAACACUAGAGACUUGAUGAGUUAAAGCUGAUAGGGGUAUGCAUGGCUUUGCACAUCAAGCCUUUCCAGCAAGAAAAGGCAGUUGCAUUGCCAAAGAUUGGGGUGUCAUGUCAAAAAUGUCAGUUGUUUCUUUAGCACUCUAAAUAAAUGAGUGAAAUUAGGGAUAGGAAUCUAUCAGCUUCACACUUAGUGAUUGAAGGGAAGAAAUAUAGGUGGGGAUUGCUGUUGUGAGUGGUAACAUGAUGCUUUCACCCCUCUGUGAGCCAGGCUGAUGCUGGCAGAUGCUGAGGCUUUUGUGAAGCUUCAGGUUCCCCGAAGGAAGGUUUGGGACCUAGCUUUGAGCAUUGUAUGUCAAGUAUAGGUUUCAGUUUGGUUAAUGUCAUUAUGAAAAGGCCCCCUUAUCUCCUAAGCCAUGUAAGUUUCAUUAUCAUCUGUAAUUAUUUUCCUUUCAGUUGGAAAUUUGAUUUUUUUUUUUUAAUUAUGUGAGAAAUGAAAAGGUUUUGCAGUGGUUCAGGGUCUGAAAACAUUAGUUUUUGAGAGAGAUGUGGAUGUAAAACCUCAGUUUUGUUCCUUUUCUGCGUUAACAACACUGUAGAUCAGUGGCUCUAGUUUUGACGGCUUCCUUUGCAGAGCACGCAAGCACAGAAGGCAGGGAAGGAUUAAUAUUUUAUUAUAUGCCUUUCAGUAUUGCCUGAAAGCUCAUGCUGUGUUUGUGAUCCCGCAGCACAAACAGGUACAAAAUCAGAAUCUUCUGCCUCAGAAACUUGCAGCACAAACAGUUGUUGUGGUUUAAGCCCAGGACAAUAGCCAAAACUAAGAAUGAGCAUGAGGAAAGUGCAGUUUUAUUGUGAUAUUGGCUGUGAGACAGCUCCUCAGUUGCUAUAAGUUUUCAUCAUUCCCCUAGGUCUGCCUGUGUGUCCCAUUAGGACUCUACAUGGGAGAACCAAGCUCUAUAACCUAGCUCAAACCCAUCGUUUUUCUCUUCCCUCUUGGCUUUUUCUUAAUCUUUGAGUUUCCUUGGAUGGUCUUUGUGGUGUACACUGGCCAAAAAAAUCACACACCUGCCAUGAUCAUUUAUUCACAGCAGAUAGUCAUGACCACAGUGCUGAAGUGGCAAAGAAUGCUGACAAAAUAUGAAAUUAUGCUUCUGCUCAUGGCUGAAUUCAGGCACAGGGCUCUCUGUGCCACAUGAGCUGGUAUGCUCUCACCCAUGCACCUCUGGUUCAGACAAGCAGAGUUCCUCAAACAGCAUCAUACUUACACCUGCAAAGGCUAGAAGAGAUUUGCUGAAUCACAGGAGCCAGCCUAGGAUUGACAUUUAGGUUAGUGGGAAAUUGAGGUUGUUUGAAUUAUUGCCAUUGCAUGGUGAACUUCAGAAAAAGCAAUUACUGGGAUAAAAGAGAGAAAAUUUUGUAGGCAACCUAUAAAUUGGGUAAGUUCAUACAAAAGUGGUAUAUAAUGGACUUAUUUACAUUCUGCAGUAGUGGGUUGCUGAGACCUAAAUUUGGCGUAGCAUCAUUUAAACCCCAGUUGAGGUGAAACCUCAGAAGUAACAGCCCUAAAAGGUCUGUAUGAGAGGCAAUAGCAGCAAACUCCAGGCUAGAAAUAAAUAGCUUUAAAACCCAUAUGGCACAAGACGGGCUCGUUCCCUUUCUGCCUUCUUCUCUUCAUGUUUUUUUUUCAUGUAAUUCUCAUGCACGAACCCCUCAGCACCUGGGAUUUGCCCCCCUCAUGUGAGAGUGAAUGGAAGCAUGGGUGCACUCACAGAAACAGCGGUCAAGGAGUGAACCUGUAACAUUAUCUGAUCCAAAUGUUGCUUGUAAACUUUGGUAGGGGCUUUUUUUUUCUGGAUUUUAAGGGGGCUGCUGUGCAGUAUUUUGCUUAGCUCUAAAAUGGCCUGGUUUUCCUUGACUUGCUCCAAACCAGAACUGGCUGAAAGGAGUCCUAAAAAAA